UCUCACGUUGCAGAGAAUCGAGACACGUGCCUGAGUUCGAACAGCCGCGCUAUCGUUGAUUCUACGAGCCCGAUGGUUCCAGAAUGCGCAGAAUCAGAGGUUAGCGAAUCAGACAUACGGACGCUCAUCAACGACUAUUUUGUGUAUUUUGGGCUGAAGAAUGUCUUGGACAGUUUUUGUAGAGAAUUGCGGUACUCAGGUGCUGAGAACCAGGAGUACAUGGUGGAGGAGCGGUCGAGGAUUUUGGACGCGGUCGUGAGAGGCGACAUCAGCGGCGCCAUUUCGAUGCUGGAUGAGGUUGAUCCUUCGGUUACGAGGGAUAGGGAGGUGGGGUAUUGCCUGUACAAGCAGGCGCUGUUGGAGAUCAUCAGAGGGAGGAGGGAGACGGGUGAGAUACUGAGGUUUGCAAGGGAGAAGGUGGCUCCCUUGGCGAAGACGGAAAAGGAGGAGUACAGGGAGUUGGAGAGGAUCAUGACGUUGUUGCUGUACGAGGAUUACAGCGAGUCUACGGAGGCGAGUUUGCUGGACGAGGAGCGAAGAGAGAAGACGGCUCAGGUUGUAAAUAAUGCCUUACUGAGAAGGUUGAAGAAAAGAGACCAGGCACUCUUGGUGACGUUGAUGAAGAUGUUGCUGUGGGCACAGAACGAGAUGGUGGAGAAUGGAUCGAGAGUGCCAGGUGGAGAAAUGCUCGCGGAGUCACUCUCAGAGAGUCACAGAAGGAGGUGA